AUGGAAGAAGAAAAAUUAUCAGACCGAUAUGUAAGUUUCCAGAAUAAUCCUAAACAAUUAAAUCCUUCAAAAAAGUUUUUUGAAUGGAUCUUUAAUUAUCCUCUUUUUAAUGAAUUUAGAAAUAGCAGUGUGUCUAAUCAUUUCAGUAGUUUAUGCAUAAAUGAGGGGGAACCCAUAAUUGAAAAAACGAAAACUAUCUUGAAGAGGAAAAAUUACAAGAAAGAGAGUCUCCAUUUUAAUAUUAAACAACAAGAUGUUUCGCCGAAGGUAUUAAUGAAAUACGAAAUAAAUAAGAACGAUUACAGUUUGAUAAAUAAGAAUAAGUUUUAUGUCAACAUUAUUAAAAAGAGCGAGAAAAUUUACAAGUGCUAUGAAAAUGUUAUAAAGGAAGAAAAGAAAAAAAAACGUGUUUUUGAAAAGAUUAAGGAAAAAUAUUUGUUCAGAAAAAAAAAACAAGAUCUAAUAAAUUAUGUACAUACGCCACCGAACCAUAUAGAUACUAAUGUAAAUAAAAAAAGAGAUACUAUAUCUAAAGAAGCAUUCAAUCCUUUUUUUAAUUUUUUUGAAAAUGAAAAAAAUAAAAAUAUAUAUCACAGCAACAUUAACUUUACUUUGAAAACGCAUAUACAAUUCAACAAGUACUUUUAUAAAUUGAUUAUCAAUAAGCUUAAUUAUUAUAAAAUAAAGAAGGAUCUAUAUAUUAAUAUUGUUAAUAUUGUUAAUGAAAUAUCAAAGUAUUAUCCUACAUAUGGUUAUGACAUAUUAAACAAUAUAAAGAUUAAAUACUUCCCCUAUAAAAAUAUAAACCACAGCUUUUAUAUAUACGGACUUGUUUUUAGCAAUAGCUCCAUUUAUUUUGACGAUUUAGAAAUUAAGAACCCAAAAAUAUUACUAUUAAAUGCCGAACGUAAAAUAAAAUAUGAUGUUUUAGAAAGUCAUUUUAACCACAAUUCUAAUUAUACUUAUAUGUUUUGGAAGAAUCUAAGCAAUAAAAAUAUAAAUAUCAUACUAGUAUAUGGUGAAUUAGAUUAUUAUAUUAAAAAGUUACUUCUUAGUAAGAAAAUAUAUUUUUUUACGAGCAUAAAAAAAAAAAAUAUGAGUCGUUUAUCAAACUUAUUAUGUAAAAACAUUUUGAAUUAUGAGAAUAUAAAAAAUUUUGACUUGAGUUAUAUUGCUCGAGCUAAUUAUUUUAAAAUUCAAAAAUAUAAGAAAAAUGUAAAAAAUAUUUUUCUAUGUUGUAAUAAUAAUUUUUUAACGAUAUGUAUAUUUGGCAAACAAGAUAUUAGUGAUAAUAAUAUAACAAGUGAGAUAAUAAAAAAUAAAAGAAAAGGGAAUAAUAACAAUGAGUAUUAUAUGGAUGGUUGUGAGAAUAAUAAUUAUGAUAAUAUAUGUUCAAUAAAUGAAAAGAAUACAUAUGUGUAUUUUGAAAAUAUGCAUAAUAAUGUUGAUGUGUUAUUAAAGAAAGAAAUCGAAAAAGAAAAUAUAUUAGAUAAUUUUAUAAAUAUAUAUUAUAAAAAUAAGAAGGAUGAUUAUAUUAUAGAUUAUUAUUUUAUAAAUAAAGAAAAGAAAAUACCUUUAUAUGAAAAAGAAUCUAGUAUACAACCAAAUAAAAAAUGGGUACUUAUAAAUCAUUUAAAAAAUAUAGUUAUAAUUAAAAAGGUAAAAAAAAUUUUACAAUUUUGUAUAUUUUUAACAUUUCAUAUAUAUAAGCAAAUGUAUAUAAAUAAUUAUAUGAAUAGAUCAUUUAUAUGUUUACGAGAAAGAAAUAUAAAGGAAUAUACAAAUGUGUCUAAUGAUACAUAUUAUCAAAAUAUAAAUUUAUUAAUAAUAUCAUCAUCUUUUUUUUUCUAUUACAAUAAUGAAAUAAAAAAAAAUAAUAAUAUGAAGAGAAAAAAGAAAAUCACUCCUAUAAAUCUUAUGUCUAAUUUAUUUCAUUUAAUAAAUAUACCUAACCCUUUAAGACGUGAACGUAUGAAAGCUUUAUAUUCAAUUAUAAAAAGUAAUAGUAUUAUUAAACAACAAAUAUAUAAUAAUUAUGAGCAUUGCUUUUUCAAUAAUUCAGAAAAAAAUAAAAUUAUUAAUAUUGUUAAUUAUUUUCUUUUCAAUAGUUUUAUGAAAAAUUCUGAUAUCAAUUAUGAAUAUUUAUAUUAUUAUUUAAAAAUAAUUAACAGUUUAUAUUUAAAUUAUAAUAACAAAAAUAUUAUUUUUGAUGAUGAAUUAUUCUUAAAUCAAAUGAAAAUAUUUAAUGCACAAUUGACUCCAAAAAAUCAAAUACAUAUAGAAAAAAAAAUGAAUGAAAAAAUAGAAAAUGUAAUAAAACAAAAUAUUCUAUAUUAUUGUUACAAUUUUGAAUCAGCUAAAAAUAUAGAAAUGAUAAUUUAUUUUAUAUGUCCAAAUUAUAUGCAUAUAAAUAAUAUUUACAAUAAUAUAAAUAUGUACAUGUUUGAUAAUCAACAUCAAAGUAGUAAAAGAUUGUUCUACAAUUUCUUUUUUAAUCACAAGUAUGUUUUUGACAUUUCUCUUCAGCAAUUUGUUUAUAUUAUUCAUUCGUUGAGUUCGAAGCUGAUGUGCCCGUUCGAUAUGUGCAAGAAUUAUUUAUGCUAUCAUCAAAUGUGCAUCCAAAUAUUUCUAAGGCGUGUGUUAAUAUUAUUUAAAAAGGAAAAAACUGAAGAAUCAGAAGAAGGUAUAUUUUUAAGAAUAAUAUGUGAAAAAUGUAAUAGUGUUGAAGAAAGGGAUAUGAAUAUAAAUAUAUCAUUUAUUGAAUUUCUAUUAUGUAUAAUUUAUUCAGAGAAUUAUAGAAAUUCUUAUUGUAAUCAUAAUGGUGUAAAUAAUAGUUAUGUAAUAAAUUUUAGAAAUAUAAAAAUAUCUGUUCAUUUGAAUCAAAAUAAUAUAUACAAAAGUAUUGUAAAAAAAAGAAAACGUAUAGCUAGUUUAUAUGAUAAAAAUGAAUAUUUUAUCAAGUAUGAAAAAAAUAAAAAAAAAGAUAAUAAAAAAUAUAAAACAGUUGGAAAUAUAUACAAUUUAAAUAAAUACAAAGGAACAAAUCAUAUAAUAGAUAAUAUAAAAAGAAAUAUUAAAUUAUAUAUUAAAAAAAAUAUAAAAAAUAUAAUAUAUAAUGAUAUAUUUUAUUAUUUUCCAUGUAAAUGCUUAACCAAUAUAUUAAAUACAUAUUUUAAUAAAAAUGAAUUUGAAAAUGAAAAUCUUUAUAGUAACUUUAAUUUAUAUAAUAUAAUAGAAAAUUUCCCUUUUUUUAAUAGUUCAAUGCUACCAUUAUAUUCUUCAUUUAAGUUUUUAAUAUAUAAUUGUGCUAUACAUUAUUACAGGUCUAAAAAUAUAAAUAUGUAUAAAAAUAAAAAAAAACAGGAUAGCAGAAAAAAUAAAGAAAAACUAAAAAAAAUAAAUAAAUAUUACAACAACAAUAAUAAUAGUAAUAAUAAUAAUAAUAAUAAUAAAUAUAUUAAUAAUAUCAAAAAUAUACAAAAUCAAAACCAAAAUCCUAUCAAUUCCUCUUCUCCAUUAUAUUUUAAGAAUAUAUGUGAUAAAUGCAAAUUUAUUAAAAUUAAAAAUUUUUCUGCUUUACUCUUUUUUAAUGUAUUAUUUAUUAUGAAGAGAAUUUUUUAUAAUUUUUAUAUUAUGAUUAAUUUUAUUAUAACAUUAUUAAAUAAAAAUAUGUUUAUUAAAAGAAAUCAGUUCUAUCGUUUAAUCAAAAUGUAUGCAUCCUAUGAUUCAAUGGAAUAUAAUUAUUUAUUAAUUAAAGAGGAAAGAGACAACACAAAUGAAAGAUUUAAAAAUUUGUAUGAAGAAGAUAUGUCAAAAAUAAAUUUGUUAGAAUCUAAUAAUACUACAAAUAUAAUAGACACGAUGAAACAGACAUAUAUACAUUCAAAUAAUAAUACUCAGGAGAUACAUAAAAAUAUUUUAAAUAUAAAUGAUUCAUUAAAUGGUAAGACAUCUACAAUAUUUGAUAAUAAUAAUAAUAAUAAAGCAGAUGUAUUAUAUGAUCAUAUAUAUGAACAUAAUAAUAAUAAUAUUAAAAUAGAUAAAUCUCCAAAUUAUAAUUCUUAUAAUACAAAUAUAAUAAGGGAUGUAUCAUCUAAUAAUAUGAAGAAAACAAAGAAAAUAUUUAUUAAAGAAUAUUUUAUAUAUAAAAGGUUUAAAAAACAAAUGAUUCAAUAUAAGAAAUAUUUAAUAAAUGUGUUUACUAAUUUUUAUUAUUAUGCAAUAAUAGAAUUAAUGUAUAAUAAUAAAUCUUUAUCUUUAGAUAUAGAAAUAUUUUUUUCUCUUUAUAUUAUUAUAAUAGAAAGAAUUAAUCAGAGUAUAUUGAAUGUAAUUGAAAAUAUGGAAAGAUAUAGGAAGAAAGCAAAUAUUGAAAAUUUACAUCUAUUAAUAUCUGAAUCUACAAAAAAAGAAUACCAUAUUCCAAUAUAUUUUUAUGAACAUAUUAAUGAGGAAGGCAAAGAAAUAACACCUAAGGAUAAAAAAGAUAAUAAUAAUACUAUUAAUAUUAAUAUUAAUGGUUUAUUACAAUAUAAUCAAGGUAUAUAUAAUAAUAGGAAUUUUGUUAUGAGAAAUAGAAGAAAAAAAGAAAUUUCAUUAUUAUAUAAUAUUAUGAAUUGUUAUCAUAAUUUUAAUCAUAUUGUGCAUGUGACAAAUGAAAACAAACAGAUAAUAGAUAAUACACAUUCUGAUGUUAAUAAAGAAUAUGAUAUUUUAAAAUUGUAUAUAAAGGAAAGGAAUUAUCUAUAUAAUAUAGAAAGUUGUCGAAAGAAAAAAAUUAUCUAUAUGUAUAAUUUAAAUAAUAAUGACGAAAACGAAACCAGUAAUCAGAAUUUAUUUUAUCAUUAUUUAGGAAGAAUAAUUGAACAGGAUAGAUAUAUAAUAUUUGAGGAUAUGAAAAAAAAAAAAAGAAAAAAAGAAAAAGAAAAAAAAAAUGAAAAAGAGCAAGAACAUAAAGAAGAAGGUACGAGUGGUUGUUAUAUCUUUGUGUUUAAUCCAAAUGAUACAUCAAAUAUAAUAUUUCAUUCGUUAUUAUCUGAUGUAUAUAAGAACAAAUUAAAAGUUCUAUAUGAGAAAGAGAGCCAACAAAAAGGAGAAAAAAUCAAGCAAAAAAAUAAGAAUAAAAAUAAAAAUAAAAAAAAUAACAAUAAUAGUAAUAAUAAUAGUAGUAAUAGCAGCAAUAGUAGUAAUAGUAGUUAUAGUAGUAGUAGUAGUAAUGAUAAUUAUUAUGAUUAUGGUGAUAAUUUAAUUGUUAGCAAGAAAAGAAAUAUUGAAUAUUCAGAAAUCGAAAUAAAGAAUAUAUCAUUUAUUUUAGGUAAUAGGUUAAAUUGUUAUAAUAUAAAUACAUAUAUUAAAAGAUGUAUUAAUAAUUUGUGUGUAAAUUUAAAAAAUGAAGAUAUAGAUUAUUAUAUUAAUUGUAAGAAUGAAGAUAUAUUCACUAUAAAUUUGAAUGAAAAUAUAAGUGUGAAUAUAUACUUUCCUUUACAAUUUCAUUAUCUAAGAAAACUGUUAUGUGAUAAAGAAGAAGAUUUUAUGAAGUCCCUUAAAAAAAGUAAUUUCAUAAAUUUUGAUCAUAAAAAAAGACAUUUUGUUAAAACAUAUGAUGAUAAAUUUAUAAUAAAAGAAAUAAAUAAAUAUGAAUUUAAAUCAUUUAUUAAUAAAUAUAAAGAAUUCUUUCAAUAUUUCUCAGAUAUUGUUUUUAAAAAAAAAAAAUCAUUAUUAUGUUAUAUGUAUGGGUUAUAUCAAGUUGAAAUAAAAAAAAGAAAUAAAAAAAAUAUAAAAACUUAUAUUAUAUUAGAAAAUGUAAAAAUUGAAAAUCCAAAUUCAAAAAUUUUAAUAUUUGAUAUAAAAGGAGCAAGAAAAAAAAAAAAUUUACAAAAAUUAAUUAAACAAAAAAGAAAAAGCAGCUUCCCAUUUUUCUUCUUUGGAAGAAAUGAAAGUUAUUCUUUGAAUACAUGUAAGAUAACAGAAGACAAAUAUAUGUCAGAUGAUUAUUCUUCUGGUAUAUCUGAUAAUUUAAAAACAUUUAGAAAAUAUAUGCAUAGAGAGAAACAUUUAAAAGAUACUAUAUUACAAGAAAGAAAAGAUGAUGAAUGUAGCAUGAUAUAUAAUAAAAAUGCUUAUUUGGAGUUUUUAUCCUUAGAUAAUGCAAAAGAAGUCAAGAAUAAAAUAUCUUCAAAUGUCAAUGAUAUAAGUGAUGAACCUUUAUCGUUUUUACCUAAUUGUGAUUAUAAUAAUUCUGAGGAUUAUUUAGUAGAACUAUUAAAAAAUAAUGAAAUACAACAGGAAGUGCAACAAGAAGAAAAAGAGGAAAUACACCAACAAAUGGAGCAACCAAUAAAAGAAUCAAUAAAACAUCCAACACAACAAUAUUAUAAUAGUAAUGUUAUAAAUGAAGAAGAAUCUAAUAUAGACAUAGGAAAAAAAGAUGAAAGAAGUCCCUGUAUUUUUAUCAAUCGAUUAAACAUUGAAGGGUUAGAAAGAAAACCAAGAGAAGAUAUGAAAAGCAAACAUAAAAAUGAUUACAAUAAUAAUAAUAAUAAUGAAGGUAAAGAUGAUGGAAACGAUAAAACUAAAAGAAAUUUAUUAUCUAAUAGAAAAAAGGUAAAACAAAUUAAUCAAGAAAAGAUUAAUAAGAUGUUUAAACGAAUAAGAAAAAAAAUAAUAAGAGGUAUUAUAAAUGUUUUUAUAAUUCCAAGAAUAGUAAGUCCAAUAAAAUUAUAUAAUAUGACAAUGAAAAAUAAACAAAUAAAGAAGACAAAAAAUAUAUAUAUUUACAAAAAUAAUAAUAGGUUGAAAAACGAUUUAGCCUAUGACAUCGAUGAUAAUAGUAUGCACAGGUGUAAAAAUGAAAAUCUGUUCAUUAAGGAAAUAUUAGAAGACACCAAAAUGUAUAUAUUAUUAAAUAGGAGUAUAUUUAAAAUGAUGAAAAAGAAAAAAAUGUUAAGAGAAGAUUAUAGAAAGAAUAUGAGAAAUGUAUAUUUAUAUGGAACUAUGGUAUCCUUAGAAUAUUUAGGAACAAAAAGAAUUUUGUUACAAAAAAGAAAUAAAAAACUAAAAGAGGAAGAUAUGAAAGAUAUAUAUGUAGAUGAUACAAAUAAUAUGCAUCAUAUGAAUAAUAUGAGAAGUAAUGAUAAUAAAUAUAAAUUAGAAGAAGGAGAUGUUCAUAAUAAUUAUGAAAUAAAUAGAAUUGUUGAUAAUAAAAAAGAGAAUAUGGAAGAUAGUAUGUAUUAUUAUUAUUACUAUUAUCAUUCUUUUAUAGGAAAUGAUGUAGGUAAUAAUAGAAAUGUAGAUAGUAGUUCUAAUUCUAUAGAAAAAUAUAAUAAUUUUACUAUUGAUAAUUAUAAUGCUUUAAAAAAUUAUAAUGUUUUAUUUGAUGAUAACUUUAGGGAUUAUAUAAAAUCUAAAGUUAUAAAUUUAGAAUAUAAUGAUUAUAAAUAUUUAAUGGAUUCAUUAAAUGAAGACACGAACUUUUUAUGUUCUCAAGAUAUUAUGGAUUAUUCUUUGUUGAUACAUAUAGAUAUACAUAAUCAUGAGAUAAUUUUUAAAAUUAUAGAUUACUUAAGACCAUAUACAUGGGAUAAAUCGGUAGAAAAUUUUAGCAAGAGUGUAUUAUAUUUGACAAAAGGAUAUAGACCAACAAUUAUUCAAUCAGAAUAUUAUAAAAAACGAUUUCUUAGUAAUAUAAAAAAAUAUGUAUAUUAUUAUGUACCUAUAUAUUCUUUUAAAAAAAAAGUAGUAUUUAAAUUGUCUCGAGGACAAAAUAGAGAAUUUUCUAUAAUACAAUUAAAUAAGAAAAACCCAUAUCAAAAAUAUUUUUUUUAUAAUUUAUUUUAUUUAAUAUUAAGAUAUUACAAUAAUUUCUAUCUAUAUAAGAAAUAUUAUAUAUCAUCAAAUAUAUCUUAUGAUUUGAAAUAUAAUGAAAAAUGGUAUUAUAUACCUAUAUCAAAAGAUAUAUAUUGUAAAAAGAAUAUAUACAUUUUUUUAAGUUAUUUUAUAAAAGAAUAUUAUAUACAUUAUAUUGAACAAAAUAAUAAAUAUCAGCUUAAUCAUUUCAUGUUAAGUAAUUUAAAAAAUAUUAUGAAAUCAACUAUAUAUGAAAAUGAUAUAAUGAAUAAUACUACUGAUAGCAUAAAUAAUUAUGAGCAUAAAAUAAAAAAAUUAAUAAAAUGUAUAGAUAUAUUUGUAUAUGAAAAAGGAAAUCAUAUAUAUGAUAUAUGUGAUGAAAUAUUUUUAAAUAAUAAUAAAAUAGAUAUGCAAGAAUAUUUAUAUGACCCGAUUAUACCCUAUUGUUCUCACGAAGAAUAUAAUAAUAAUAAUAUAUAUAAUAUUAAUAAUAAAAAUAUGGAAAUAUUAUAUCCAUAUUAUAAUAACCUUUACGUUGAAAAACACUCCAAAUUAGGGCCAUAUAUUAUUUUAAAUAAUGACUCCUAUUUUUAUAAUCAAAAAUAUUAUAAAAAAAUGAAAAGACAAUUUUAUAAGAGGAUAUGUGAACUCCAAAUAGGUAUAUUAAAAAAAUUACAAAAAAAUAAAUUUCACAUGGAAAAAAAUAUAUCUUAUUAUAUACAAAAUAAUGUAUAUAUAGAAAUGACAAAUGUGGAUAUUAAUUAUUCAAAUAUGAAUUUCUUGGAUGUAUUAAAUCUUUAUAAUAUAUGUGAGAAAGAAAAAAAUGAGCAUUUUUACAAAACGAAAAAAAGUAAAGGCAAACGUCGAACAAACACGUACAUGUAUGUACCUUCCUAUUUUUUAUUUUCUCUACAUAAGAGUUGA